AAAUCCCCUCGGCGUCGGAGAAGGAGGAGGCGGAGGCGGGGACGGGGACAGCGGGGCGGGCAGCCGCUCAGUCAGCUGAGGCGGGCCGAGCCGCCGCCGCCGCCAUGGGCGCGCCGUGAGGGUAGCUGCUUCAGAGAUGUCCGGCAACUUGAAGGGCCGUCCUGCUGAAAAUGGAGAGCAUCCCAAGGGUAAAAUGGAAAACGGAGUGGACAGUAGGGCUGCUCCUGCCCUUGGUACCUACUCCCCCGAGGAGAUGCUACAGCAGAUGAAGGAACUAAUCACUGAGAACAAUGAGUUAAAAGAAGCCAUGAAGUUGCAUAACCAAGCUAUGAAGGACCGAUACGAGGAACUUUCCAUCUGGAGAGAGAAGCAGAAGGAAGAACGAGAAUUUUAUGAGUCGAAGUUUAAGGAGGCGAAGCAGUGCUUGCAGGCCAAGUGCGCUGAAAAUGAACAGCUACAGCAACAACUUCAGAGCUUGAAGGGAAGAGAAGAAGGAGCUGAAAUGGAGGGCUGCGUGGCUCUCGAGAAGGAAGUGAGGAACCUGAAAUCCCAGGUGCAGCGGCUCCAGGCUGAGAAGGCAGAUCUGGUUGCCAUCAUUUCAGAACUGCAAGUGAAGCUGAGCAUGUCAGCAGAGGAUUCCUUUGUGGAGAUUGGGAUGCACGAAGGAGAAAUAAAUAGAACUGCAAAGGAACAUCAAGAGAAUAGUGGUGAAACGACCGGGAAUGUUGCUGUCUACAUCAGGAGCAGAUCUGCAGACGAAUCUAAGAACUUGGAGUCUGAGGAGCUAACUGUGAGCCAGCUGCUGUGCUCCCUUAGAAAUGAAACUCAGAAGAGGGAUAAACUUGAGAAGGAGCUGCAGGAUCACAGAGAGAGACUGUCAAAGCUGGAGAAGAAAAUCAGCAACUGCCUGGAGAGUGGGACACAAACCGAACAGGAGGAAGAGACUUCAGAGGCUGUUGGCAGUGAAGUAGAAGCCCUGAAUUUGCAAGUUUGUGCUCUGUUUAAGGAGCUUCAGGAAGCCCAUGAGAAGUUAAAAGAGGCAGAGUUGAUUCAGAAGAAGCUUCAAGAAAAGUGCCAAGCACUGGAAAGAAAAAGUUUGGCUGCUGCCUCAGAAUUGGAGGAGAAGCAGCAGCUAAUAUACACUGUCAAGAAGCUGGAACUUCAGGUGGAGAGCAUGCAGUCAGAGGUCAAGCUGGAACAAGCCAAGACACAUGAAGAAAAGUCAAGAUACAAUACCCUGCAGGAUUCAUAUAGCAAACUCCUUCCUCAGCUCACUGAGGCAAUGAAACAAAUUGAUGAAAUGAAACUCAAAGAGCUGGACAGAGUGGAUAAAGCUGUGGUGGAACAACUGAAAGCAAAGGUGGAGUUGGCAGAACAAGCCCUUGCUGCAAAGCAGCUCCAGAUAGAUGAAAUGAAGCAGAUAAUUGCUAAGCAAGAGGAGGACCUUGAAACCAUGUCUGUGCUCCGUGCUCAGAUGGAGGUUUACUGUUCUGAUUUCCAUGCUGAGAGGGCAGCAAGAGAGAAGAUCCACGAGGAGAAGGAGCAGUUGGCUGUCCAGCUGGCAUACCUGCUAAAGGAGCAGCAAAACCUUGAAGAUCUUGGCCGAAACUCUUUGGCAGAGAUGCAGAAUCGCCACGGAGCCAGAGUGCCGGAUCGGGAACACUCGCCUCGCCUUGUCCAAAGAGGGACUGGUAGUCAAGACUGGCCAGAGCAGCGGAAUAUCUCAAUAUAUUCAUGUCCCAAAUGUGAAGAAAUUUUACCUGAUUUGGAUACACUGCAGAUUCACGUUAUGGACUGCAUUAAUUGAGUGAUGCCCUCCAUUUCUUCGUCUUCUGGAAUUUCACCUGCCAAACACUUUGGGGUUUUUUUUCCUUCUUGCUCAAAUAAUGUUAAAUUCUAUAUCCUAUGAAGGAAGUUUUCAGGGUUUUCUCAUUAAUUCAGUGGGAAAACAGUAAAACUCUUCCCCUGCCCUGUAGUCACUAAUCUUGUUGUAAUCUGCUUUAGGGAAAGAAUUUUCAUAGGUUAACAACAUGGAUGUGCUACAGAACCCACAGUGUGCCUGCUGCUAUGAAACCUUUCAGGAACAUUCCCCUGAAGUGCUCUGCCCUGUGGCUGCCCUGCAGAAUGGGGCUGACUCACUGAAUUCAGAAGAGAGGUGGGAUAUUUGCUGAUCAACUCUUAAGAACAGUGAGCCUGUUCAUCUCUCAUAUAUUAUAUACCAGGAAAGUAAUACAUGAAAAAGCUGUUUGAGAAGCUUUCAGCAAAAUGGAGUAGAGCUGUAUUCAUCGAGCAUUUGAAGUGAACCCUGCUCUUUCUCCAGAUGGCAGUUUUAUUGCUGCCCUUGUGACCAUACUAAUCUGAUGUUAAAUUUUUGAUGGCUUAUGUAACUUGUUGCUUUAGCCAGAUGUGGGUAAGGUUUAAAACAGAUCAUUUAGGUCUGAAACAUGUAACUCCUGAUGUACUCAAGUCACUUGGUUUUAUAGAACUCUUAAUUUUUAAGGUGUUGUCUUGACUUUUGUUUAUUAUAAUAAAAUAAUUUGAACCUGUACAGUAUUGUGGUAGAAAGCGCUGAGAUGGAUGUAUCCUAAUUUAAAAAAUUAUAAUGGAUUUUCACAUCCUGAAAUAAAUCUAUAACAGUUAUAAAA